UGGGAGUACAGCGCAGGAAGCAGAGGUCUCUGAAAGAGGGGUUGUUGUGCCUUUGACUCUGAGAAAGGGUGAAGGGAGGGGUGAUGGCAGAGACGACGCCGAAUCACACGCAGACUGUGUUCGGAUGGGCAGCGAAGGAUUCAUCCGGAAAGAUCACGCCUUUUGUCUUCAAGAGAAGGAAGAACGGAGUCGACGACGUGACGAUCAAGAUACUCUACUGCGGGAUGUGCCACACCGAUCUCCACUACAUCAAGAACGACUGGGGAAUCACCAUGUACCCUGUUGUUCCUGGGCAUGAGAUAACAGGCAUAAUCACCAUGGUUGGGAGCAACGUGAGCAACUUCAAGGUGGGAGACAGAGUAGGGGUAGGAUGCUUGGCUGCGUCGUGCCUCAAAUGCGAGUUCUGCAAGGAUUCACAGGAAAACUACUGCGACCAGCUCCAGUUCACAUAUAAUGGCAUCUUUUGGGAUGGUAGCAUCACCUACGGCGGCUACUCCCAAAUGCUGGUGGCCGACAACAGGUAUGUGGUGCACAUUCCGGACAGUCUCCCCUUGGACAAGGCAGCUCCGCUGCUGUGUGCAGGGAUCACCGUGUUUAGCCCCAUGAAGCAGCACAACAUGCUGCAACCAGGCAAGAAGCUGGGUGUCGUUGGCUUGGGUGGGCUGGGUCACAUAGCUGUCAAGUUCGGGAAAGCGUUCGGGCUUCACGUGACCGUGAUCAGCACAUCCCCCUCCAAGGAGACGGAGGCGAAGAUGCGUCUGGGCGCUGAUGAUUUCCUCGUUAGCACCGAUCCGAAACAGAUGCAGGCUUGUGCGAGGAGCCUGGACUUCAUCAUCGACACGGUGUCGGCGAAUCAUUCGCUGGGGCCAAUACUGGAGCUGCUCAAGAUCAGGGGGACGUUGGCUCUCGUGGGAGCUCCAGAUAAGCCGAUGGAGCUCCCAUCCUUCCCUCUAAUCUUUGGGAAGAGGACGGUGAGCGGAAGCAUCAUCGGCGGGAUGAAGGAGACGCAGGAGAUGAUGGACGUGUGCGGGAAGUACAACAUCACUAGCGAAAUCGAGCUGGUGACGCCGGACCACAUCAACGAGGCAUUAGAUAGGCUCGCGAGGAACGACGUCCGAUACCGAUUCGUCAUCGACAUCGCUCCCAAGACCAACCUCUGAUGUCACCAAGACGAGGGACGAUGGCUCUCGUCUCGGUGUCUACUUCCAAGAAGGCUCCUUUCAUUUGCUUGUAUGCCACCUGUUUGGAUUCUAAGAUCUAUGUUAUGUAGCCAAGAAAGCAAGAGAAGCUUGUGGUCGAACUCGUUAUAGCGAGACCUGCUUAAGUAAGUGGCCAACGAUCCAAUUCGGAUCGAUUGGUUGAGAAGCA